GUUUCCAAAGGCAGUAUCAACAGCCAUUGCUGCCAAACACCACGAGUUGUCGCUCUCUGCAAAGCGUACACCGAACAUACGACGUGUCUUCACAUUUUCACCCCACAGGCGACUAAGAACCAUCGACCUUCACUCCUCGACCUCGCCUUGUGCGACCCCGCGAAUCCCGAGUAGAACCCGACCAACCCGCCCGAGGGAGGAGGCAACAUGUCCGCCGCGCUGGUCAACGUCGACGAUGGCGACGCCAUGGAGCCGACGCUGCAGUCGAUCCUCGACCAGCGAUCGCUCCGCUGGAUCUUCGUCGGCGGCAAGGGCGGCGUGGGCAAGACGACGACAUCCUGCUCGCUCGCCAUUCAGUUGGCCAAAGUUCGCCGCUCCGUGCUGCUCAUCUCGACCGAUCCGGCCCACAACUUGAGUGACGCCUUCAGCCAAAAGUUUGGCAAGGAGGCCCGCCUCGUCGACGGCUUCGAUAACCUGAGCGCCAUGGAGAUCGACCCCAACGGCAGCAUCCAGGAUCUGCUAGCGGGGCAGGCUGAUGGUGACGCCGGGGCCGACAUGGGCGGCAUGGGCGGCAUGAUGCAAGACCUUGCCUUUGCCAUCCCCGGCAUCGACGAAGCCAUGUCCUUCGCCGAGGUUCUCAAGCAGGUCAAGUCCCUGUCCUACGAGACCAUCGUCUUCGACACGGCACCGACAGGCCACACCCUCCGCUUCCUCCAGUUCCCGUCCGUCCUCGAGAAGGCCCUCGCCAAGGUCUCCCAGCUCUCCAACCAAUACGGCCCCCUCCUCAACGGCUUCCUCGGCAGCAACGGCACGCUCCCCAACGGCCAGAACCUGAGCGAGAUGAUGGAGAAGCUCGAGUCCCUGCGCGCCACCAUCUCCGAGGUCAACGCGCAGUUCAAGGACGAGCGCCUGACCACCUUUGUGUGCGUGUGCAUCCCCGAGUUCCUCUCGCUCUACGAGACGGAGCGCAUGAUCCAGGAGCUGGCCAGCUACGGCAUCGACACCCACAGCAUCGUCGUCAACCAGCUGCUGUUCCCCAAGCCGGGCUCCGACUGCGACCAGUGCACCGCCCGCCGCCGCAUGCAGAAGAAGUACCUCGACCAGAUCGAGGAGCUGUACGACGAGUUCAACGUCGUCAAGAUGCCCCUGCUCGUCGAGGAGGUCAGAGGCAAGGAGCGGCUGGAGAAGUUCAGCGAGAUGUUGAUCAAGCCCUUCGUGCCACCUUCGUAAAGUGCGACGGGGGGCAAGAUCAAAGCAGAAGGUGAGAGGAGCGCAAGCGACAAGUGAGGAGAAAAUAGAACCCAGCGACGGGCCGAGAUACCCUCCUGCGUCUUCGGUUAGUUGCAAAACUAAUACUACUACACAUUCUAUG